UCUAUCCAUCCAUUCUAUGACACGCGCUGGAAACAAAAUGGAGCGAGCCAGGAAGCACAGAAACAAAGUUGCGGCGCUUCUUGACAGCUGAGGUAACUGAAGGCGCGAGCUAUGUUGCACGAACUUCUGUUUGCUCUCCAAGGCUACCCGGGGAGCAUCUUCAUUGAAAAGGACUCCACCUUUUUGGUUUCCAAAGGACUGUCAUUCCUCCAUCCAUCUGAAGCAGAGGUGCUCAACAAGCUCUGUUCUUUGGGCUACGCAGUCAAGUACUUAAAGGACUUCGUGGCCUUUUACGGCGGCUUCGGCCCUACUGGCGUCCAUGGCCAGGAGCGAGUGCUGCAGAAGGGACUCUACCUGCAAGCGUUGUGCGCUGGACUCAAGAAGAUUCUCCAUGGCUACACGGAGGAGCUGCUGUCUUUGGAGCAGGACGUCCUCAGGGGACCAGAGACCUCCUUGAUGCACUUCCAGGACAAGUUGGACAUGGUGCUUCCUUUUCGUGGAUACCACCUCUUGUUUCCCGCAUUGCUGGACCUGGUCAAUGCCGUUAAAGCUGGCGAGGUUCAUGGCUGCAGCAUCUUGGAAACGGUUCACAAGCACUCCAUAUCUGGCAUCCCCAUUGUCAGAGACAGCAUGAACAUAUCUCCUCGCAGCAUCCUGCACAAAGGAUAUGCGGUCCUCGUCCACCAGAUCAACUGCUGGAUGCUGCAUGGGAUGCUGCGUGACCCCUACGCGGAGUUCUUUGUCCACCGCCUCUCCGAGGGCUCCAGCCCCUGCAAGGCUGUUGGGAGCUCGAACCCCAGCUCCGUCCGACCUGCCCCAUCCAAGGUGUCCCUGGAGUCGAUGGACAACUUUGGCCUAGAGCCGCGCCUGUUGCCGGACCAGCUCUCGGCGUCCCUGGCCAAGAAGGUGCUGUUUGCCGGCUCCGUCGUCUGCGUCUUUGGACCCUCGAUGGGCCAGUCCCUCUAUGGCGACCAAGAAGCCAUCUUUGUGGACCGCAUGCACGCUCUUAGAGAGAAGCCAGAGCUGGACCUGCUCGAGCUGGAGGCCUUCGUGGAGGACGUCCGAUCCGUCGCAGCCACCCACGUCUGGCGGGUGCUGGUGGAGGAAGGCUGCCUGCCCGAGGAGCUGCGUCUGCUGCGGGAGGUGUUCCUGCUGGGCCGAGGAGAGCUCUUCCUCCACUUGUCCCAGGCCACGGAGCCCCUGCUCUGCCGGCCCAGGGGGGCUGCCACCGAGCGGGAGGUGAAUAAGGCAUUCCAGCUGUCUUGCAGCCUGCUGCAGUCUGAGGACGAAAACUUGGCUGAACGCUUUCGCAUCACGGUGGGCCCGCCCCUGAGUGAUGGAGACUCGUCAUCGGAGCCCCUUUCCGGUUGGGAAACGAUCGGCAUGACGUACCAGGUCAAGUGGCCCCUUCACGUCUUCCUCACUGAGUCAGCCAUGGCCAAGUACUCGCGCCUGUUCCGUCUGCUGAUUGGGGUGCAGCGAGGCCAGACCGCGCUUCAGGAUUGCUGGCUGCUUCAGGGCAAGCUGGGACGAAGCAGGGGCGCUGCAUGUCCCCUGAUGGACCACAUGAUGCACCUCCGCUCGCACAUGGCACACCUGCUGGACUGCCUGCAGUACUAUCUGCAGGUGGAUGUGAUAGAGAUCCAGCUCGUGCGGCUGUUGCAGCAAAUAGGGCAGACGCGCGACUUCGAGGCCAUCCAGCACGCCCACCACAGCUUCCUGGCCUCCCUGCUGUUCAACAGCCUCAUUGUGAUCAAUCCCGCUCACGAAUGCCUACGUAGGAUCUUGGGCUUGUGCCAGUCUCUGUGUCAGCUGUUCCCACGGACCAACUGCCCUUUCACCCAGAGGCAGUUUUCUCAGUUUGAGUCUGUGGCUAAGGACUUUGAGGUGCAGCAGAAGCUGCUGACGACCAUCCUGUCGGGACUUCGGGAUCACCUGUCGGACUCGCAGCUCCCUCAGCUGCUGGUGCGGCUGGACCACGGACGCGUCUGCUCGGGCUGCGUCAGCCUGAGGGCACGAGCCUCCUCGUGAGCGUCCGUUUGUUUCGACGUACCCGACGUGGUCGAGAUUCGUCGAGUCAAUAAAUCAUUCUCAGAUCUC